GGUCCUAAUUCAAAAUCUCUCUCACUGCUCGAGUUAUCCCGAGAGUGUAUUGGCCGUUUGAAGAACAUAGCCCCGCCUCCAUCUACCAGGAUCUUACUGCGUAAAACACAGACCACUGUAGCUGCUCUAUGUGCUAUGAUGGAAACACUUCGAAGUUUUAGUUUGGAUUGAGAAAUAUCAACUUGAUUCGUUUCCACUGAAGGCAACGGGAUAAAAUAUUGACACUUCAAAAUACAUCGCAGUCGGGCUUUAAUUGCGUUCAUUUAAUUGCAUUGGGCGACGUUGUGAGACAUUUUGAGCCAUUAAUUCCAAAGUCCUCUUUACAGUAUGAGGUGCAGUUAUGGCAAGCAGUAGUAAGAAGUCAGUGGCGAGGACCCUGGAGGAUCUGACGCUUGAUUCGGGUUAUGGUGGAGCAGCAGACUCCUUUAGGUCUUCCAGUGCUUCACUGUGCUGUUCCGAGGCACAUAUACCUUAUGCGCAUGGGGGGAAUUUUUGGCAUUUAACCGACUCCAUGCACAGUCGCCACAACAGCCUGGACACGGUCAACACAGUCUUGGUCGAAGACUCCGAUAUCCUGGAUUGCUCCGGCCAGUGCGCUAAACUACCCGAGCUCGAGGACGUGCCAUGGAGCCUCGGGGAAGUAGAGAGCGCACUGAACAAGGACGAAGAGUUGAGGCUGGGGGUCGUGUCACAGGAGAUCCUGGCUAGGCUCUCGGUCCUCAUAAGCCGCGCACUCGUGAGGGUCGCCAGGGAAGCGCAGCGCCUGAGUUUGCGCUAUGCCAAAUGCACCAAAUAUGAGAUUCAAAGUGCCAUAAAGGUUGUCAUGUCUUGGACAGUCUCGGUGAACUGCAUCACCGCCGCACUCAGUGCCUUGUCUAUGUACAACAUGAGCACCGAGGACAAGUUCAGCCGCGGAAAGUCACUCAGAUGCGGACUCAUUUUCAACGUGGGGAAGUUCUUCAGGUGGAUGGUGGACAGCCGAGUUGCGGUGAGGAUCCACGAGCACGCUGCCAUCUACCUGACAGCGUGCAUGGAGAGUCUUUUCCGAGAGGUGUACGCACGCGCACUGCGGAGCGCGCUCGUGGAGAAAGAUAAUGGGAUCCCUAAGUUCACUGUUGAGUCCCUCGAACAGGCCAUCAACAACGAUUCGGAGUUAUGGGGGUUCCUGCAGCAGUAUCAAUACCUCAUUUGUGGGAAGAAUGCAAGUGGUGUGCUCAGCCUACCAGAGAGCCUGACUCUGCAUCGGGACCAGCAGCGGUCAGGGAAGAGUGGGGAGGGCCACUCCUACAGUCAGUCGGAGCUGCGCUCCAUAGAGCAGUGCCUGCUAGCCACACGGGUGGGAAGCAUCUCAGAACUCAGUGACCUGGUCUCCCGGGCCAUGCACCACCUCCAGCCGCUGCAUGUGAAGAACCAUAGCAACGGGACGCCCAUCCACCAGAAGAGCAGCCCAGUACACUGGGAGCCUGAGGCGCUCUACACUCUCUGCUACUUCAUGCACUGUCCCCAGGUGGAAUGGGAGAACCCCAACGUAGAACCCUCUAAGGUUACCCUGCAGACAGAGAGGCCAUUCCUGGUUCUACCUCCUCUGAUGGAGUGGCUCAGGGUGUCUGUGGCCCACGCAGAGCACCGCCGUAGCUUCUCAGUGGACAGUGAUGACGUCCGGCAGGCCGCCAGGCUGCUGCUGCCAGGGGUGGACUGUGAACCACGCCAGCUCAAGACAGAUGACUUCUGUGCAUCCCGGAAGUUGGAUGCAGCAUCCACAGAGGCUAAGUUCCUCCAGGACCUGGGAUUCCGUAUGCUCAACUGUGGCCGGACCGACCUGGUCAAACAGGCUGUCAAUUUGCUGGGGCCUGACGGCAUCAACAGCAUGAGUGAACAGGGAAUGACCCCUCUGAUGUACUCCUGUGUGAGAGGGGAUGAAGCCAUGGUCCAGAUGCUGCUGGACGCUGGAGCCGACAUCAACAGUGAGGUGCCAAACACAGUGCACAAGUACCCCUCAGUCAACCCCGAAACGCGCCUGGGGACACCUCUCACUUUCGCCGUGUUACACGGACAUGUCCCUGUCGUGCAGCUGCUCCUGGAUGCCCGGGCCAACGUAGAGGGCUCCCUACAGGACGGUAUGGAGAACUACACAGAGACCCCGCUACAGCUGGCCUCCGCUGCAGGUAACUUUGAGCUGGUCAGUUUGCUGUUGGAGAGAGGAGCAGACCCCAUGGUGGGAACCGUGUAUCGUAACGGUAUCUCUACUGCCCCUCAUGGAGACAUGAACUCCUACAGUCUAGCAGCAGCACAUGGACACAGGAACGUGUUCCGCAAGCUGCUGUCCCAGACGGAGAAGGGGAAAGGGGACGUGCUGUCCCUGGAGGAGAUCCUGGCUGAGGGGACAGAGGAGGAGAGGGGCCUGGAGGAGAGGAACCCCUCCCAGCUGGACCUGGUCCGGACAGGCAAGGCCAAGCUCAAGGCCCUGAGAGAGGCCAUGUACCACAGCUCUGAACACGGACAUGUGGAUAUCACCAUCGACAUACGCAGCCUGGGGGUCCCCUGGACGCUGCACACCUGGCUGGAGUCUCUGCGGACGUGUUUCCUGCAGCACCGGAGACCACUGAUCCAGGGCCUGCUCAAGGAGUUCAGCUGUAUUGAGGAGGAGGAGUACACACAGGAGCUCAUCACCCACGGCCUGCCACUCUUGUUUCAGAUCCUACGAGCCAGCAAGAAUGAGGUGAUCAGCCAGCAGCUGUCUCUGAUCUUCACCCAGUGCUACGGGCCGUACCCCAUCCCCAAACUCUCCGAGAUCAAGAGGAAACAGACCUCACGCCUGGAUCCUCAUUUCCUAAACAACAAGGAGAUGUCAGAUGUGACCUUCCUGGUGGAGGGGAAGCCAUUCUACGCCCACAAAGUCCUGCUCUUCACCGCCUCUGCCAGGUUUAAGUCUCUACUGGCGAACAGACCAGCUGCUGAAAACACAUGUAUUGAAAUCAGCCACGUCAAAUACAACAUAUUCCUGCUGGUGAUGCAAUACCUCUACUGUGGUGGGACGGAGCAUCUGCACAUCAGAAACACAGAGGUUAUGGAGGUGAGACUGUUAGUCCAUCUGCACAUCAGAAACACAGAGGUUAUGGAGGUGAGACUGUUAGUCCAUCUGCACAUCAGAAACACAGAGGUUAUGGAGGUGAGACUGUUAGUCCAUCUGCACAUCAGAAACACAGAGGUUAUGGAGGUGAGACUGUUAGUCCAUCUGCACAUCAGAAACACAGAGGUUAUGGAGGUGAGACUGUUAGUCCAUCUGCACAUCAGAAACACAGAGGUUAUGGAGGUGAGACUGUUAGUCCAUCUGCACAUCAGAAACACAGAGGUUAUGGAGGUGAGACUGUUAGUCCAUCUGCACAUCAGAAACACAGAGGUUAUGGAGGUGAGACUGUUAGUCCAUCUGCACAUCAGAAACACAGAGGUUAUGGAGGUGAGACUGUUAGUCCAUCUGCACAUCAGAAACACAGAGGUUAUGGAGGUGAGACUGUUAGUCCAUCUGCACAUCAGAAACACAGAGGUUAUGGAGCUGCUGUCAGCGGCCAAGUUCUUCCAGCUGGAGGCGCUGCAGAGGCACUGUGAGAUCAUCUGCUCUAAGAACAUCAACACAGAAACCUGUGUGGAGAUCUACAGCCACACCAAGUUCCUGGAUGUCCCAGAUUUGGCUGUCUACAUCGAGGGCUACUUCCUGAAAAACAUGGUGGUGCUGAUUGAGCUGGAGCCCUUCAAAACACUGCUGUACGACACGCCUCCAGACAGUCCCGCCACCGACGUACUCCUGGACCUGGAGAAGACCCUGGGCAUCCGCAUCCAGUCCAUCCACCUGUCCUCCUCCAAGGGCUCCAUUGUCUGAUUGGUUGAUUGAUUGAGCUGCUAAUGGGACUGGAACUGUCUGUCUGUCACCAUUGACCCCAGUUCAACACAUAGCUGUACUGAACCACACUCGACAGUGACACUUUUAAAUUGCUUGCUGUGCUAACACCCCAUUGCCAUUCUCCUGCAGCCUACUGAGCUUUGGGCCGAGCACUUAGGCAAAUGGACAGCGCUGGAACCCCAGAAAUUGUGAAAAGGAGAUUUUCAUAGGGCUGAAGCAAAGCUGACUCAUCACAGCAAUAGUGGGACUAUAUCGCUGAGAUGCAGUGAGGAAUGUGUGUGUGUGUGUGUGUGUGUGUGUGUGUGUGUGUGUGUGUGUGUGUGUGUGUGUCUGGGAUCAUUCGUAAAGCCCCAGUCAACAUUACUUCGCUCCUUGACAUUAGUCUCCAGACUGCAGUCAGACCUGCCAUUGUCCACAUGUCUACUGGACAGAAUCAUUGUUGGUACUUUUCUCAGCAUGGUUCUGCAAUCCUACAUAGCUUUAUAGUCUAUUUAUAACUGGGCCUAGCCAAACUUAACAUAAGAGCAGACCUGAGUUCAAUAUUAUUUGAAAUAAAAUACUUUUAGCAUUUGCUAGUCUGCCCGGGGUGUCAGAUUGGUGCAGCUUGCACUUUUGUGACUAUUCUAUUGGUUCCAUUGUGCCAGGCAAGCUCAAUCACGCCUAGAUAAAGUAUUUAACAUGAUUUCAAGUAGUAUUUGAACCCUGGUCUGCUACAUGUAAGAGUGAUAUGUGGAUAUACUGUAUGUCAUGUGGUAGUAUGUUUUAAGGGAGUCAUGCAAAGGAGAGAGGUAUUGGGAAAUUCUUCAAGCUAUGUUUGGGAAAGCUGGAGAACAGAAAACACAUUUCCUUCCUUCAUCCGCUGUUAGAACUGUGUAAAUAUUGUGAAUAAAACACAGAGCUAUGGCUCCUCUUGUAAGUUAAUGUAUAUAUCCUACAGAUGUUUCUUGUUCUCAUGCGUCUACUCAUUGGAUAUGGCUUUAUAAAAUGCUGUUCUUUUCAAUGUGUUAUCGUUCUGUAUGUUUCAAGUUGCAUGUCAUGAGAAUGACUGUUUUGCUUGUGUUCAGUUUGGUUUAAGAGUGGCAUGAGACUUUAAGAGAGGGAGCAGGAACGGUAGAGGAACGAUAUUGUCAGCAUGUGUCUCUAAAUGUGUAGACGUGUACUGGUGUCUUCAUUUCAGGAGAGAACGGCUAUGGGCCUGUAUUCAAAAAGCGUCUCUGAGUGGGAGUGCUGAUCUAGAAUCAGGUCCCCCUGUCUGUAUAAUCACAUUCAUUAUGAUCUAAAAGGAUCAAACUGAUCCAGCACGCCUACUCUGAGACACUUUAUGGAUAGGGGCCUAGUUCAAAAGAUGAUCAGGGUCUAUCCUAAACCGGAGAUGCGUCAUCUGUUGUGUUUUCCAGACAUUGUGAAACUACAUGUAAAUGUGUGACUCAAUAUCCGUUUCCUCCAUAAAGAUUAAUAUAAAGAAUGAUAUGAAUCCUCCCUAGA